GUUGUUGGAGUUGCCUUCUCCGCUAUGAGCAUGUCUUCCAGAGCGAGCAAUGAAGAAAGCGGUGUGGGUUGGUAAAACCGGUGCCAGUGGAGAGCAAAUCGGUUCGGGACCAUGCUAAUCGAUCCUGAUCGUACUUGAGAAAUAGCUUCAGCUUUUUCAUCUUGAGCAUGAAUUUGUAUAUCGGAUUUAGACAACAUGACAGCCUUCUAAUGAGUGUUAAUGUCAGAUGCAGAUGGACAGCUUCUGGAGCCUAGUCACAAACUGGAAAAUGAUGAAUGAAGUCAGGUUCAGUACUUUGUCCCGCAGCUCUAUAAUUUCGAAUGUAAUUAUGAUUAUCAGGCGACCGUGCGUCAUUGGAUUUGGGUUUGGCAAUGAACACGGAGAUGCUGGAUUUCAGUAUCGAAGGGAGUGUGGUCGGAGGUAUAAUAGUGUCUUUAUUGCGGCCACAUUGGCCCGACGAAGAGUUUGUCAUGCGAUUUUCGCUUUAUUUACAUUUUUUAGUGUCUGAGUCUGUAUUGGUUUUCACACAGAAAAUGUACUAGCUGACUCACCAUCUACUUGAACUUCUCUCGACAGGCGGUUCCGUCGCUCGCAAUCUUUCCGGCACGAGAAGUUCUCAUGUUGCAGCCGAAAAUGAACGCGUGCUCUCGGUUGUUACCACCAUUUCAGCCGUCUCAGCAUCUGCCGAGGAAGCGGAAAAGGGUGCUGGAGGUACUUAUGUAGAUCGAAGUGUAGAAGUAUUAGUUGAAGAUAAAAAUAUUAAAGAAGUUGAGUAUAGAAUUUUCAUGCAACCCUUCGGCAACUUCGCAUGCUAAAAUGGGUGGUUCACAAUAAGGAUCUCGAUCUAUAUCUCAUUUCGCAUGACAAUGAACCGCGCAUCAACUUCAAUCGCAGAUGACUCCCCCGUUGUGCGGAAAGCUUCCAGCACGAGAAAGCCAACCAGGAAGGAUGAAAACCGCAUUCGGGAAUUGAAAAGGAAGUUUUUCACCAUCACCGUGCGUACGGUGCUGAUUCCGGUCCUGUUUAUUGUGCUCCUCACCAUUUUGCGCGGCGUCGGUCCGGUUUGCGAGUUUAGCGAUUUUCAGCGGCUAGCAUCUGUGAUGGGCACAGGUGUGUUUGAUCCAGCGAAAGUUAGCUCCGACGGAAAAGCUACAGCGGCUGGCAAUACAAUUGCUAUCCCGACAAAUUUCGCUUAUGCCGCGUUUCACGAGUUGGUGGUCGGCGCGGUUUUCCUUGAAACAGCCUUGGCCUUGGCGUAUGUCGUGCUGCAGAUUCCGUCGCCGCUUAGCUUGCUACUGUUGAAGACGUCGUUGCGAAAGAACCGGCCAGCACUAGCGUUUGCGACCAUUUAC